GCCAGGACAUUUUGACCAAGUAAAUCAUAAAAAAAAAAAUCGUAAUUAGCUAAAGUAAGUUGUGACAAAUGUCAGCGCAGGGAGAAACAGCGAACAUCGGAAAAGUGCUAAGUUUUCUUCGGGAAUGGGACCGUGGGGACCGAGCAGCCCGCGGACGCAUGUUGAAUACGUUCCUGUGUCAGAAUAAAGGGAAAAGUUGUUAUGAGCUGGAGUGCGAGUUCGCGCAGGUGUCCAGUCUCUUUCUGGCUCGACUCACCACCUGGAUGAGACUCACAUACAUGUUUGGGACAUUACUGGGACUUCAGCUGAGAGCUAUUCGGGUUUUCCUGUCUGCGUCAGGCCAUGAUCAAUAUGUGAUGGAGUUCCUGGAGGACGGAGGUGUCCUCAGUCUCUUGGAUAUCUUGAACCACACACAGAGUAAAGAGGAGGACAAGACAGAAGCACUCCGUCUUCUGCUCACUGUCUCCAAUGCCGGCCGCAACUACAAAGAGAUUAUCUGUGAAAGCAAUGGUGUCAAAGUGACAGCAGAGUGUUUGGCCAAGUCGAACACAGAGGAAACCCAAGAGACAGCUUCAGCCCUGCUGGAGUCCCUGUCCCACGGAAACCCUAAAUACCAAAGCCAAAUCUACAAAAGUCUCAUCACUCUCAUGACCUGUAGCUCUCCUAAAGCCCAGCAUCUGGUCCUGCAUACUGUCCGCAUUGUUCAGUCCAAAAUGAAGACAGCUCAUCACAGCAUUGUAGAGCCUCUGCUGAACAUGCUCACAUCAAUACACCUGGACAUCCAGGAUGAAGCUAUUAAUCUCAUUUUAGACCUGAAGGGUUUUGAUGUGAGACCAAUAAUCCUCAGUGGCCUGGUGGCUCUGCUCCGGCAGGCUAGAGAAGAAAUAAAGUCACAGGAGAUCACAGAAGAGACUGAGAUGACUGCAUCCCUGCCUGUGUUUGUCCAACAAGCUGCUGCAGCUAAGGCUAUAAGGUUGCUGGCUGAAGGAAAUCAGGAGAUUUCUCAUGAUCUUCUUUCUCUUGGAGUGAUUCAGUGUCUCCUGUCUGCUCUGGGCAACAGAGAACACACUGAUGCCCAAGUGCAAGCCAGCCUGGCCUUGGAGCACUUUGUCCGCUCAUUCCCAGUCAUAGAGGAACAUGUGCAGAGAGUCAUGGGCAGCACACUGUUUGCAGCCUUUAUGCACAAACCUGAUACCUUGUACAUGAAUUUGGAUGAAACGCAGGCAGAAAUCCUGCUGAAUAACAAGGCUGAUAUAUUAUCUAAAGGCUGUGAGUUCCAGUUUUGCGUUGGAGAUAAACAAGAAGAUAAAUACAGUGCGUCUCUGACAAUGAGUCACUUACGUUCGGCGCUGCACAAAAGCAAAAGAAGCGGACUUAAAAUGGUAGAAACUGCGAAACCACAGCGGAAGAGGACAAAGAGAGCAGUGAAAGAGGAGGAAACCAUGAGUGCUGCCUCCCCGUCCUCAUACCACACAUUUCCCGACCCUGCUGAUGUUGUGCAGCUGCGCUCUCAGCUCCUGAACUGGUACGACAAGGAGAAGAGAGAGCUGCCAUGGAGGACUCUGGCUUUGACAGAACUGGACCUCAACAUCCGGACAUAUGCAGUGUGGGUUUCAGAAAUCAUGCUGCAGCAGACUCAAGUUGCCACAGUAAAAGAUUACUAUAACAAAUGGAUGAAGCGGUGGCCGACCGUGCAGGAUCUUUCCACUGCUACACUAGAGGAGGUGAACCAGAUGUGGGCAGGCCUUGGGUACUAUUCCAGAGGGAAACGACUCCAUGAAGGAGCUCAGAAGGUGGUGACAAAGCUAAAAGGACAGAUGCCUCGGACAGUUGACGGUCUGCUCAAAGAGCUUCCUGGUGUGGGACGCUACACUGCUGCUGCUAUUGGUUCAAUUGCACUUGGACAGGUUACUGGAGUCGUGGAUGGCAACGUGAUUCGGGUGCUUUGUCGCCUGAGGGCCAUUGGAGCUGACAGCACCAGUCCUGCAGUAACAGAGGCGCUUUGGACUCUAGCUAAUACACUGGUGGACCCUGAGAGACCAGGAGACUUUAAUCAGGCCAUGAUGGAGCUAGGAGCUCGAGUAUGCUCGCCUAAAGCACCAGUGUGCAGCCAGUGCCCUGUACAGUCUCACUGUCACUCUUACAGCAAGGUUAUAGUCAAACAAGAUCAAAACUCCAAGAAGCUUUUUGGAAAGCAGGAGAGGAAGACUUUAGCCGUGCCUGACAUAGAAGACUGCCUGAGCAGGGGGACAUGUCCACUGUGUCCCUCCCAGCCUUGGGACGAUGACUUGGGUGUUCAGAACUUCCCCAGAAAGCCGGCAAAGAAGCCGCCCCGAGUGGAGCGAACAAUGACCUGUGUGGUGAUCAGACGUAGAGAGGAGGGAGAGGAUGAGUACCUGCUCACACAGAGACCUGACAAAGGUUUGUUGGCAGGUUUGUGGCAGUUUCCAAGUCUUGUGCUGGAGGAGGAAAACUCUGAGAUAAAACAGAAGAGGGCACUGUGCACUGAGAUCAACGGGAUACUUGAAACUCAUGUGACUGAGAGCCUCCUCCAGUACAUCGGAGAAGUGGUUCACAUCUUCUCCCACAUCCACCAGACGUACGUGGUUCAUAUUGUGCAUUUGAAGGACAGCGCGACACAGACGCAGACUAAAAAUGUACAGUGGCUCACAAGAUCCGCUCUGCAGGAAGCGGCCGUGUCCACAGGAGUGAAAAAGAUUGUAAAGCUUUACGAUUCUCUGGACAAUCACAAAGAAAAAACCUCCAAGAAAGCAAAGAAGCAAAACAUAAGUGAUGUUGAAACUGCCAAGAAACCACAAACCUCAAAAAGAGGUGCAGCGAACAGCCGAGGCAGACAGCUCUCCCUCAGCUCCUUCUUCCAGACCGUGAAAGAAGAAUCUUGAUGUACUGUAUGAGAUGUGAAUGUCCAACAUGGUGUCUUUGUGUUGAUAAUUCACUGAGAUUCAAAUCAUCAAAUAAUUUUAAACAGAUCAGAGUUAUAGGAUAUAGGAUAUUCCUUUGGGGACCUGACAUGGGACAUAAGAUUGGUUGUGCAUCAACAGAUGAUGUUGAUUUUUAAUAACCUCACUGCAGAAAAUAUUUUUAUUACUGUAUAUAUUGAAUAUACAGUUGGGUGCAAAAGUGUAUUUAAAUGUGUUUGAUAAUCUGAAACAUUUAAGUGUGACAAACAAAUAAGAAAUCAGGAAGGGGGCAAACACUUUUGCACACAACUGUGUGUGUGUGUAUGUAUG